AUGGCACCAAUUGAGACGCUGUCGUGUAAGCCUCCAGCUGGGGGGGGGGGUCACAGGCAGAAUUUGCACCAUUCAAAUGGCAAAGCUGUGAAGAAAUUAAUAGCAAACUCGCGGGAUCUUGUUAAAGCAGUUACUCAGCAACAGAAGGGUCAGACCAACAGCAGGAAAGCUUCCUCUCGGAAUUGUAUAAAUAACUACUCUCAUCACCGGCUUGGGAGACUUUGGGUCUGCUGGUCUGACGAGGUGGAGGUCUGUCAUGUUCUGACUAGUGCUCAGAUGAUUACGGUGUGGGUGAGAUACAAAUCCACAGGUGAUACGUUCCUCUGCUCCUUCAGUUAUGGAGAAAAUUGUGCAGUGGAGCGACGAGUUUUGUGGGAAGAAAUUGAGUUGGUAUCGAGGUCAGUUGCUGGUAGUGCUAACCCUUGGAUCAUCCAAGGUGAUUUUAAUGUUGCAUUACAUGAGGAGGAACACUCUCGGUUUAUGGAGACAAGGUCAGACCGUUCUGCAAUUCGAGACUUCCAGAAUGUGGUACUUCAAUGCGAUAUGGUGGAUCUAGCUCAGGUUGGUCCCCGCUUCACUUGGACGAAUUGCCAAGAUGAUAAUCCAAUCAGUAAGAAGCUCGAUCGUGUUAUGGUGAAUAGCUGUUGGUUGAAUAAAUUUCCGCAAUCAUACACCACAUUUGAGUCUGGUGGUGUCUCUGAUCACUCGCGUAUGCACAACUUGCUUCGAGCGGCCCCGCAAGGCAACUUGAAGCCGUUCAAGUUCUUUAACCACACGAUAAAUCACCCUAGAUUCUUGGAAGUGGUAGGGCGAGUAUGGAACGAGUCGGCACCCAUCUUUCAUUCUCGAACUGCCUUAAAGCGUCCGCAAGAGAAACUGAAAUCAUUAAAGUUUGAGCUGCGAGGUCUCAACAGAGAUAAGUAUGGUGAUAUCCCUGGGAGGAUGAAGCAGGCUUAUACUGACUUGUGCGAGAAGCAGAAUGUAGCAAUGAUGGAUCCUCAGUCAUCUACGUUUGAAGCAGCGUCGGAUGCAUGGGAACAUUGGCAUCACAUCUCAGGUAUUGAAGAACAAUUCUUCUACCAAAAAUCCAGAGUCCAAUGGCUGGGAUUAGGGGAUAGGAACUCCAGAUUUUUCCACAAGGUAACCCAAAGUCGGAAUGUAAGUAAUACUAUCAGGAGGAUAGUCACAGCAGAUGGGCGCAUACUUACCUCAUUGCCGGAGAUUAAAAGCGAAGCAGUAAAUCAUUUCGAAGAAUUCUUAAAUGGUUCUCAUGAGACGGGGAUGAAUGUAACUCAGGAGGAGAUUCGAGAAUUAGUGGACUAUAGAUGCUCAUUUGAGGAAGCUGCCUUGCUUAUGAAGCUGGUUACAGAGAUGGAGAUUAAGGACAUAUUGUUCUCUACCCCGCAAACAAAGCCCCGGGGCCUGAUGAAUUUUCCAUGGAAUUUUAUAGUUUUUGGGAAGGACGUAGUGGCUGCAAUACAAUUGUUUUUCAUAUUUGGCUUCAUGCCUCAUAGUGUAAACGCCACCUUAUUAUCACUGGUUCCUAAGUCUGCAGAUGCGGAGAAGAUGAGUGAUUACAGACCUAUUGCCUGCUGUAACGUCAUCUACAAGGUGAUCUCUAAGCUUCUUGCCAGACGUUUGAAAGCUACCCUGCCGGAGGCAAUUGAGCUGAAUCAGUGUGCUUUCGUCGAGGGGCGAUUGCUUUUGGAAAAUGUCUUACUAGCUACUGAGUUGGUCAAGGACUAUCACAAGCUGUCGGUUUCCUCUCGAUCAGCUAUUAAGCUUGACAUCUCUAAGGCUUUCGACACUAUCAGAUGGUCCUUCAUUGAAGACACCCUGAGAGCUAUGACCUAUCCGGAUCUGUUUGUUACAUGGAUCAUGAGACAUAUUGACACGGCAACAUUCUAUGUGUCUGUGAAUGAAGAAUUAGAGGGUUUCUUCUCAAGCUCGCGUGGAGUUCGACAAGGCUGCUCACUGUCACCCUAUAUCUAUGCCAUUGUAAGCAAUGUUCUAUCUAAACUCCUCAACAAGGCUGCUGUGGCGGGGCAGAUUGGGUAUCACCCUCAGUGCAAGGAAGUUAACUUUACCCAUCUAAGCUUCGCUGACGAUAUCGUCGUCUUCACUAAUGGAUCUCCGGAUUCGCUCAAGGGUACAUUGCUGGUGUUUGAGGAAUUUGCGCAUAUGUCAGGCUUCGUAUCAAUGCUGCUAAGUCCACGGUCUUCGCUGCAGGCAGAGGCAAGGCGGCUCUUGAGAGUGAAGCAGCACCUGCUGUCAAAAUCACUAUGGGUUCAGUGGGUGAAACAAUAUCUACUUCGCCAUGAUACUUUUUGGGAUGCUAAAGAUACUGUCAUAGGGUCUUGGGUCUGGAGGAAACUUCUGAGAUAUCGGCCGUUGGCUAAGCAGUUUAUUAGAAUGAAUAUUCAAGAUGGGUGUACUGUAAGAUUCUGGACAGACAUUUGGCACCCUAAAGGCAGAUUGAUUGAAGCUAUGGGAGAGAUUGGAACCCAGAAGUUAGGGUUUGUGAGAAAUGCGAAGAUAUGUGAUGUUUUGGUAGAUGGUGAUUGGAGAUUCCGCAGAUGUCGUGAUCCUAAUUUUCAGGCGCUUAUUGCAAACAUCAAAGAGCUUCAGGUGCAGCUUGUGGGAAAUAACUCAGAUACAGCCCUUUGGUUGAAGGGUGAAGACUCUUACGAUGAUAGAUUUAUCUCCAGUACUACAUGGGAUCUGAUACGGGUCCGACGUGACAGAGUGGACUGGAGUAGGCUGAUCUGGUUUUCGCAGGGUGUUCCACGGUUUGCAUUCAUCACCUGGCUAGCUCUCAGGGAUAGACUGUCUACUGGUCAUCGAACUAGUCAAUGGGGUCAUCCUCAAAGCUGCCUCUAUUGUGGUGAACCGGACGAGACAAGGGACCACCUUUUCUUUGCUUGUCCUUACACCUUCACCCUGUGGAUUCGAGUACUUGGGAACUUGUUUGGUAGAGAUCUCGAUCCAGAUUGGGACACAACCAUAUUUUCCCUCUUGACAGGUUCUUAUGAUAACCUCACCUACAUUCUCUUGAGGAUUGUAUUGCAAGUCACGAUCUACUAUGUCUGGCGUGAGCGAAACGAGAGGAAACACAACAGGGUAGCCAAGCCAGUUGAUCACCUAGCCCGGCUGAUAGACAAAACGCUCAUAACAACCGUUCAAAACGCCACGUCAUCUCUAUCAUCAUCAUCUACGCCACCGUCUGCUUCACGGCCGCCUUGCUCACUUGACUCCUCCAUGGCUCUCACUAUCUUCGUCUUUUUGGUUGCUCUCUUCUUCAUGGCUUUUUUCUCCGUCUUCAUCUGUAAUUUUGCCGAAGAUGAAUCAACGGCUGAUAUAUCUUUUUCCAGACCAACUAGAAGAAGAUCAUCCUCGCCACCACGUCCGCAUUUUAAUCGUCGGAGAGGACUUGAUUCUGAGGCCGUACGAUCCCUGCCGGUGUACCGUUACACGAAAUCAGCGAAGCACUGGAUCGAGGAUUGCAUCAUCUGCUUCAGUAACUUCGAAGAAGGUGAAACCGUUAAAGUGAUACCACACUAUGGUCACGUUUUCCAGUGGCUUAACUCACACGUCACUUGUCCUUUCUGCCGCAGCAGCCAGGUGUUGUCGGAUCAGAAAUCGGCAGAGAGCAGCUGUAAGGAGGUGUAGUAGCUGUUCUAGUUUGGGGCAGAGGACCGGACUGGAACGGUCUUUGAGUCUCUAACAUGUGUGUGUUUCCACGCGUUUUGAUAUUUAUUGUCGGUUGAUCCUUUCAUUUUGGUUUUUAAGUGUAAGUUUGUAUUUACAUCAGCACGACGGUUAUUUUUAACUCGUCACAGUAACGUUAAAUGUCUGCGUACCAUAUUUUCUUCGUAAGCUACUUCCUACCUA